AUGGUUCAUCCUUCAACAUCACUUGCUACAUUAUUACCUAUAUCAUCUCCAACAGUAUUAAUUCUUCAUAUUAUUCUUCAUAUCUUUUCUUUGAGUUGGUGGAGUAUUAUUCCAUUAAUAUGUAUUCCAUUCCAAUAUGUGUUAAGAAAAAAGCAAACAAUUCCAUUAAGUCAAUCAUUGGCAUUAUUACCAUUAUGUGUAAUUGUUUACUUUUUACCAGUUAAAGUAGUUAAUGGAUAUAUCCCUCAAAUUUUAUCAAUUAUAAUAUCAUUCCUUGUUCAUAUUCCCUUAUCUCAUGACCCACAAUAUCGUCAUGUCUCUAUUGUUAUAACAUGUAUAAUAUCCAACUUCCUUCGAGGAACUUCUUUGUUACCAAUAUUAGUAAUUAUUCCUUUAUGGUAUAUUUCAUUACCUACAAAUAAUGAUAUGCAAUUGUUUUCAAUUGGUGGUUCUUCAGGAAUGAUGAGAAUUAAUAUCCCAUUAAAGGUAUUAUUUACUCGAGGAUUACAACAAACAAUUGGUCAUCCAAAGAGUAGAAAAUUAUUUUAUUAUUUCUUAAUAAAUUUAGCCUUUAUGUUUGUUGAAGUUGCUUAUGGGUGGUGGAGUGGAUCAUUAGGAUUAAUAUCUGAUGGAUUUCAUAUGUUAUUUGAUUGUGUGGCAUUGGCAAUGGGAUUAGUAGCUACGGUUAUAGCACGAUGGGCUCCAGACAGAUUAUUCACUUAUGGAUAUGGUAGAUCAGAGACAUUAUCUGGAUUUGUUAAUGCAUUGUUCUUGGUAUAUAUUGCAUUUUUUGUCUUAUUAGAAAGUAUUCAUCGUUUAAUUCAUCCAUCAGAUAUUAAAGUUGAUGCAUUAUUGAUGGUAAGUUUCCUUGGAUUAUUAGUUAAUAUCAUUGGUGUCUUCGCUUUUCGUGACACUGAUGAAGAUAUAGAAAUUUCAAAUUGUAAUUGUCCAAUACAUUUAAAUCAACCAAAGAAAAAGAAAGCAAAAGAUAAUAAUAUGGAAGGUAUAUUUUUACAUGUUCUUUCUGAUACAUUAGGUUCAGUUGGAGUUAUUAUUUCAUCUUAUUUAGUAGAGUAUUUUGGAUGGGUUAUUUCAGAUCCUAUUUGUUCAUUAUGUCUUUCAGCAAUGAUUUUUUGUAGUGUACUUCCACUAUUAAAAAAUUCUGCUUCAAUGUUAUUACAAUCAGUUCCUAAAGGGUAUGAUGAUGAUUUAAUUAAAUCUAAACUCAAUCAAAUUGCUGGUGUUAAAGAUGUUAUUAAGUUAAAUUUAUGGGAAUUUUCUGAAAGUUGUUUAGUUGCUACAACAGUCAUUUCUAUUUUCCCAGAAGUUGAUUCCACUACUAUACGUAGUGCUGUUAUUACUGCCUUAAAACAUGAAGAUUUUAAUGAUAUUACUGUAGAACUUGUUGUUCAAUAA